AAUGGAAGAAGCUGAAGAUGAUACUGAGGUAGAAGGAACGGAGAAGGAGGAGAUAGAGAGCCAGGAUGAGGUAUUGGGGAAGGAAGGAGAGAGUGGUGUUAAGAGAGAGGGUGAAGGAGAGGGAGAAGAUAAGGAAAUAAAGCUACCUCCUCAUGUCCUUGACUUGCAGAAUGCUAGUUCAAAUCAACUUGAAUCGAUGCAGAGUGAAAUGGACUGGUUUCGGUUUGAAAAUAGAGUCAGGAAGCUUAUAUUUGAGACUGUUGAGCCGAUUACAACAAGACUAGAAACUUUUGAUCAUAGAAUGGGCAAAUUCAAAGCAGAUUUAUCCAUUUUUAAUUCUACUCAAAAAGAGUUUAAUUAUACGAUUAACAAACUUGGUAAUAAAGUCGAGACACUGCUAGAACUCCGAGCCAGAAUGGAUGAAUUUGAGACAACCUUCAAAAAAGCAGAGCAAAAGAACAAACUCAAAAUUGAUGAUAUUACACAAAAGAUCGAAGGACUCAAGAUGAAAUUAAGAAAUUUGGGACUUGAUUUCGUAAAUCUCGGUAAACUUCAAAGGAAUUGUGAAGAUGAUAUCGAAAGCAACAAAGUACGAACCGAGGCUAUUAAGGACCAGUGCUUCGCACAGAUCCUUACUCUUAAGCAUGAAGUGAAUCAGACAGUCUUACAGGUGAAGAUAGACUCUAGAACCAUUCAGGAGGUUACAGCCCAGCACCAAAUCAUCCUUGAAAACUAUAAGGAAGAUAUGAAGAAGCAUGACAUGAAAGUCGAAGAAUGUGCUAACAAGACUGAAGAGGUCUCCAAAUUCUUCAGCAGAUUUGAUGAAACCGUCUCUUAUAAGGCUGAAAUCAACCCAGUUAUAAAAGAACUUAAAAGAAGCUUACAAAACCUGCUUGUCAGCUAUAAAACCGAGAGGAUUGAGAAGGAAAAGGAACAGAAUUUCGACUCCAGUGAGCAAGAUAUCUUUGUCAACGAGGAACCAGUUUACUCAACGACCAACAGGAAUAUAUUGGCUUAUCUAAAAUCUGUGUAUUAUCCGAUCCAAUUUAUCACUGAAAGGGAGCAGUUAGAAAAGCUCAAGGAAGAAAUUCAAAAUAAAAUGGAUAAAUUCUGAGACACCCCACUAUUCUGAGAGGAGGAAGCCAAGAGGAAACUAGAAGGGGCACAAAAACGGAAAUUCGUUGACAAUCUGAGAGCUUUAUUGAAGACUGAGAUCAGAAAGGAAGACAAUCAGAUGUGGGAUAUCCUAUCUAGGAAGUCAAAAUAACGGUUCUGUCUCAAAGACUCAAUGGAAGAUGAUUGGUAAAUAACCUUGCCAAAAACAUCAAUAAGCCUGAUAAAAUCCAUAAGACAGUCAUGAAAGCGUAUAAAAUGGGAGUUCAAAGGACUAAGUCUAAGAGAUUUAAGAACAAAUCAAAAGCUUACUUAAGGGCCAACUCAAGAAAAUACAAAGAUAAUAUUGAAGAGCUUGAUGUACGAAAAAUAGGAAGGAUGAUGCCAAAAUCCCCUCUUCUGGAACGGAAAAGACUUAGCUCUAAGAUUAUAUCACAAGGCUCUCAAGAGCAAGAAGAUUCUGAGGAUAAGAAAAAUGACACUAAGAUGGAUUCGCUUUUAAGCCAAACUCAGAUAGCACCGAAGCCCAAUGGAGAUUCUAACAGCUUUUUACGAAAAAUAAUAAACAUCAGGAAUGUAACCCAGAUCAAAGAGAAUCUGAAGAAGGAAAAGGAGGAAAAAGAGAAAGUAGACAAGCAAAGAGACAAACUUAAAGAGCAAGCUCCGCUUGUAAAGAUCAUUAAAGAAGAAUCCAAAGCCAAUGAGCAACAGAAGAAGGUCAUGAACACUCUUAAGAUUGAAGAGAAUAGAUCACGCAAGAAAUCUUUUCUAACUCGUUCAAAGAUGCUAUCUCCAAAGAUUUUCGAUGAAGAGAUGAAUUUAAAAAUCGAUCUGAAGAACAAUUAUAAUUCAGGAUCAAAUAUGACUAACUUGGGAAGUCCAGUCAUAAGUAAGAGAAAUCUCGGAGAAAUAGAAAGAUUAGACAAAGACCAUCACCUGAAUGCCUCAUUUAUGACAAGUCAGGAGGAAUUAGGCUCUGAGGUAGAAUCCCUACAAGAGCAAUCAGAGUCUAGCUACGACUAUGAUGAGUCAGAAAGCGAGAAGAUAAAGCUAGACGACCUUCAUGAAGAGGUGACUCUCAAAAUUGAAGACCUAACAAAGCAACAAGAAGGACUGACCAAAACACUUGAAGAGGUUAAGCAAUCCGUCACUAAAUUUGAUGGGACAAUGGACAAGAAGAUCAAAGAUUCCUUAGAAUUCUUCAGGGUCUUCAAGAAGGAAAUUCUUCAAAGAAUGGAGCUCCUCAGCAUCGAUGUGAAGGAUCGACUCGAUCAAGAAGUCAAAUACCGUAAAAGAGACAUCACCGAUAGUAGAAUGAUUGUGAAUGGGCUUAAAUAAAAUGGUUGAGAAAGUCCAAAUUGAGAUAAAAGAUGCAAUUAUUGAUAAUGAUGAUAUUAGGAAGACAAUGAAAGUCUUAGUCAAAGACAUCCAAAUCCAACAUGCUAUGGAGACUAUUGAUGAGGUUGAUCGGAGAUCUAUAGCUCUGUAUGGAGUUAACAGCACAACUAGCACUAGCGGAACCACAGGAAUAAAGAAAAAGGUGAUAUCUAUUGACAAACAAUGCUUGAAUUGUAGUCCCCAGCCUACAACAGUAAUAAAAGCUUUCAAAAUGGCUUGUUUGACGUAUAAAUCCUCUAAUGUGUUUUGGGAAGGUAAAGAAUACUCCAGAGAAGAAAUGGGAAGGAUGAGACAAUGCCUUCUAAAUUACAUUAACAGGGACGAUAAAGAUGAAAUAUUUAAAAUGCUACCUUCUUUAGCUAAGAUACCUAUAAAGCAAAAAGAAUCUAGGGGUAUAAAGAUGACUGAGACUGCUCGUAAGAUUAUCUCUCCCGACCCUGUUUACAAAAUACCACUUGAAUAUAAAGCUCCUAGUACUGGUAGAAGGAAUUUGGUUAAAAAUACUCCAAAGAUGUCAACUGCAGAUACCAAAAAUCCAAAGAGAUUUAAGAACAAAACUGUUGAUUUGAGAAAUACAAGGUUCUUGGUGAAGUCUCACCGUUCCCCCAAACCAAUGAAUAAUAAACCAAAUAUUACCUCUAGUCAGGUAUCAGAUAUAAUGACGAUCCGGAUUGAUAAUACAAAGAAAAUAAUAACCGAUAAAAUUUAA